GUCAGAUGGAAGUGUCACCCUCUAAGUUUCUACUCACUGGGUAUAAAAGACCUUGGAAGCUAGGUUGAUAGAAGACCACCCUCCAUCGAUUACACAGGUGCCUCAACAGACAGUGAACAGAAGAAUAGGGCUCUCUGUAGAGAAUUGAACUGAACUGAACUCAACUGAGUUGGGCAGGAGUGGACUGAUCUAAACUAUAUUGGACGACAGUGACUAGUUUCGGCUGAUAGAUACACAGGCUUUUCUCUAUAACACACACAGUCCAGUGCUCAGCAGGAGGAUGCCUGUCUCGUGUAGGGAGGCUCUGCUCGUGCUUCUCGCCAGUCUUGGAGGUCUGGUCUGGGGGGAGGUGGGUGACUUCACCCCUUGCCUCCGCUUCUUCUACAUGGAGACUCCCCCAAAAGGCAUGGGGGGAGAGGGGUACCAGCCCAUCUGCCAGCGCUACAGGAACCAGUACCACUUUGCCAGCCUGUACCAGCGCCAGCGCCGUGCCACCCUCUACUCUGCCUACAUACUUACCCCUGGAGGAGGCAAACGGCCCAGGAACAAGUGGAUGUAUGAACCACAGUUGGCGUUCUCCGGUGCCAGUCCAGAGAUGCAUAGUUUCCCGCGGAGUGGCCCCGUGGACCAGAAUGUGGUGGAGAGCCAGGCGGUGCUCCAGGACUACAUCAACUCUUCAUACACCAAGGGUCACCUCAACCCCAGCCUGCACCACCAGGCCCCAGAGGACCGCCGGGCCACUUUUACCCUCACCAACGUGGUCCCUCAGCGGGCAGCCUCAAACUCUGGCCCCUGGGCUCAGCUGGAGGCUGAGGUGAGGGCCCGGAUGGGUAACUACUGCAUUGGGUCGGCGUAUGUGGUAACAGGGGCGCUGUCAUACCUCUCUGAGCGCUGGAUGGCCAACCGGGUAGCAGUGCCAGAGUACAUGUGGUCUGCCUACUGCUGCCCCUCCUACAACUCUAGUCUCCCCGCCUCACAGAGACCCUACUUCCCAUCAUAUGCUGCUGUGGGCCGGAAUGACCCCCAUAGUGGUGGAGAGAUUGUGCCAGUGGACCCCCAGGCGAAGGCCUCGGUUCGGGGGUAUGAUGUGAGGCGGAUGCCCCUGGACACCAUGGAGACUAUUCUACAGCAGAGACUGGGCGUCCACAUCAGCCUGUUUCACAAUAAAUGUCUGUAGGCAGGUGUGGUAGUUAGGUAAUGGGCUGUUGUAUGGGCUGUCCCUGUUCAGUGAAAAAUAAAAUCUACAGUGGAACAUA